AUGAUAAAUCCGAGCGGAGAGCGAUUCGACGAUGAGAGAAGGUCCUGCUUCAAGUAUUUCGUAACGCUCAUGUUCUUACUUAUGCUCAUGCUAAUUCUGAGGAAGCAAAAGGAAGAGGAAGAGGAGAUGAGCAACAGAGCUAAAAUGAACCUAAGGCAAAGUGAAAACUACCGAAACUUUGCAUUUAGCUACUUAAGAGAAAUUAGCUUCUUGAAGUACGACUCCGCUGUGUACAUAUCGCCAAACAGAAAAAUUAUCCCCAGCAUAAGGUACAUUAAUAGCUCUACAGUGUAUGUCCAGGGGUACGACAACAUUUUACACAACUUUGAAAACGUCUCAGUGGGAAUCAAUGAAGAGAAAAAUAACUUCUACAUUUACGCGGAAGCAAAUAAUAGACAGGAAAAUGGAACCUGUGCAGAUAAUGCGUGUGGGGAUGCUGACUCUGGAAUUAUCAACACUGUACUAGUUGACACGACUCUGUUUCGGAAUAUGCAGAUCGGGAGCUGCCAAGAAAAGGACACCUCUAUGUGCUUUUUCGUAUUCGUACAGUUAAGCAAAAGUAAAUGCUACAAUUUUAAUAAUUUAUCCUACUCCUGCCAUGCGAACAACACGGUUAAAAACCCCAAUGUGUUUCUUGCGAACAGUUAUUGCUAUGUCGUCUUGGCUAGCUCCAAGGUGGAACGUAUAUACGAAUUUAUUAAAGAGAAAUUGAUGGGAAAGGACCCAUUUAACGAAAAGACCUCCACGAAGGACGUCGAAAUAGUUACCCAUUUUUGCGGAAAUUUACUUAACCAAAUCGCCACCAUAGACGCGGUUAAUGCGAGGCUGCUCUUUGUGCAGCGGUACAUACGCAAGAUUGACAAGGUAGAGCAGGACCAGUCAAAUGAACGAAGCGACAAGAAUAGCCCCUCCACGAGUAACGGGGAUAGCCCCAAUGCAGAUGAUCAGACAAAUAUCCCUGUAAAUUUUAAUACCGAGGAAAACCAGAAGGAGGAGGAUCAGAGGUAUACAAAAUCAUACCUGUACAAUGACAAUUUUAAAAAUGAAAAUAACAUGAACGCCUUGAAGCUCCGAAUCAGCUACCAUUUGACCGUAAUCAGUUUAGCUUCAGAAAACAGGGACAUAAUCGAAUAUGUAGAAUAUGCAAAAGACAAACCUGAGUUUUGUCUCUUCCCCCCCAUACACAUAGCCUUCGACGAACAGUCCAACUUUUACUACAUCGUGCAGCACGAAAACAACGGGUUUUUAAAUUUUAUUUUCAUUUCGCCGUCCACGCUGGUGGUUUACUACACCUUGAAAAUAAGGGAGUUCUACUCCGGAUGGUUGCUGAACUCGAGCCGAGAUUACGACAGCAAGGGGUUAAUUCUUUUUGGGGAAUACCCACCAUACGAAGAUGAGCUUCACGUUUGGGACAUUCGAAAUUUACAGCACAGGAAAUACCUAGUUAACAUUAUUAAGACCUACUGA